UGACAGGGACAACCACUGCCCCAUUCUUGCUGCACCACGUUGUUGACCCCAUUCAGAGCUGAUUCCACGCAGGUCUUGUCGUAGUCGUCUAAACCGCUCAGGGCAUCCUGUACCGGAAGUAGCGUUUUUUUAGUGCCUUCUUCUUCUGCCGACUUUGCAGACGCUUGGAGUUUUACCUGUAGGGCGUUAUAAUCCCUGGUGAAUGGCACCAGCAGCUCCCAGAGGGACGAGAAGGCCAUAAGCGCGGUGAACUCCAGGCGGUAGUUGGAGGCCAUGUGUUCAAACAACAUGUUGAGGCCGUGCACAGCCAAGUUCUUCCUCUGGAACUCCUCGCUGCUGUCCUGGCACACUGGCCUCGUCAUGGACAGGGACGCGUCCACCAAAACUACAACUGCAAAGAAGAAAGUUGUAGGUGGGAUCGGUGUAUUAGCGGCUGGCUGCAGCAACACAACCAAGAGGACUUUGACUUGGAUAGCAGACGCGCUAGCCAACGCUAGCCGCCGACCGCACGGCUGAUCGGGUGAAGUCCUUCGUCCUUCCGUCGAUCGCUGGAACGCAGAUUGAUUCUUCGUAGUCAAUAUUCACAUUUUCUCUGGACAAAAUGAGGAGACAUCUGCACAUAUUAUUUCUCUUACUUGGGCUUUUCAUCAGACUGCAUAACUCUUCUCCCACACCUCAGACUGGAGAGGAUGUUGGAUCUUCCUCGUUUAAAGCAACCACUGCACCUUCACCACUACAAAGCAUGUAUCAGCAGCAUUCCUCCAACAUGACCUGUGCACAAGACAUACCAGCAACCGUCAGUGCGUCUUCUUCUCACAGGAACGGAGGAUACCCCGCUGAUCUUUUUUCUUUGAAAGAGCGCAGACAAGGCUGGGUGGUUCUCCACAUGAUUGGCAUAGUGUACACCUUUGUGUCACUUGCAGUUGUGAGCAAUGAGUUCUUUGUUCCUGCACUGUGGGGCAUCAUAGACAAGUUCGACAUCUCCCAUGAUGUCGCAGGGGCUACCGUCAUGGCCGCCGCUCGGUCCAUCCCUAAGCUUGUCAUUACCAUCAUAGGAGAUUUCUUCUCUUACAGCAUUGUGGGUAUGGGCAACAUUGUUGGCUGGGCAAUUUUCAACUUUCUGUUUGUGGUUGGACUGUGCGCUUUGUUUUCCCUGGAAGUUCUUCAUCUAACCAAAUGGCCCUUUUGUAGAGAUGUAGCCUUCUACAUACUGGACCUUGUCUUACUCACCACCUUUUUCCUGGAUAAUGUCAUCAGGUGGUGGGAGAGCAUGACGCUGGUAGCCAGUUACAUCUUCUAUUUAGUUAUCAUGAAAUUCAAUGUGCAUAUCAAAUUGGCCUUCCAGACACAUCUACUUAAGAAGAGGGACACUUUUGAGGCUAUAUCCAGUGAGGAACCAAAGGAAUCUAGAGCGAAAGAUAAGUCACUGGAUGAAGAGAAGAAUGACCCCUUAAAGCCACUUGAGGAGCCUCUGUCUAUAGAAUGGCCGCACACUUGCUGUAAACAAGUCACCAGUCUUCUCCUGGUGCCCAUAUUCCCUCUGUUGCUCACCGUUCCAGACAUCUACAAAAAGAAUUCCAGAAAAUUCUUCCUUGUCACACUUCUGAGCUCCAUUUUAUGGAUUUCUGUCUUCUCCUACCUCAUGGUGUGGUGGGCCCACCUGGUCGGUGAGACCUUCAGCAUACCAGGGGAGAUAAUAGGCCUGACUGUUCUGGCUGCAGGAACGUCCAUCCCAGACAUCAUGACCAGUGUGGUUGUGGCUCGUGAAGGCUUUGGUGACAUGGCCGUUUCCAGUUGUCUGGGCAACAACAUCUUCAACGUGACUAUAUGUCUGCCGGCAAAAUGGCUGCUGUACUCGCUCAGCCACGGGUUGAUGGUCCUGCCCGUCAGCACCGACGGGCUCCUCUGUGCAAUUGUUCUGCUUUUCCUCACGCUCCUCUUCUUCAUCAUCUCCAUCGUAUCCUGUAAAUGGAAACUGUGUAAGACGCUGGGUUUCAUGAUGCUUCUGCUUUACGGUUUCUUUAUCAUGGUCAGUGUAAUGCUACGAUACCACAUUGUAGUGUGCCCUCUUUAACCCUUUCAUGCAACAAUUAAGAUCAUCUAUUUUAGGAUUUUUUACACAAGGGACUUUUUGUAAAUUACUUUCAGACUAGAGAUUUCCGAUAAUGGCUUUUUUGCCG